AUGAUGCGACAACCAUUAAAAGUAUUAGCCCCCAAACAGCUAAUCCGGGUUGAAGUGCACUUUAAUGCUCGUUCCAAAAAGCCACUGUCAAAAACAAAGUCAAAGCGAUUAUUGAAAGUUAUUGGACUGCUAAAUGCAGCUGGAGAUCAGCUGGAUCUUCUUGUAAGUAAAGAUGGAUGGUUAGCUUACGAUGCAGCCCGGUUAUUGCAAGGACUCAGAAGUCACAACGAAACCAAGAUGCGUUUACAGGUUUUGAAAAAAAACCAGACAAUGAGAAGUUUUGACGUCCUAACCAAAUAUGCACCAUUUUUGCUGAUCUAUUCACAGUCAGAUAACGCCGAAAUUGAAGACGAUUUUAUUGGAAAAGUAAAUCAAAAAUUACAAGAAAAAAAAGUAAGGAAGAAGAGAAACGCUGAUUAUUACGUAUACAGAAAUAAGAACAACCAAGCAACAGAUGAAGAAUUAUUAAAGACACAUUUGGAAAAAUUUCGUGCUGGAGGACCGUCAAUUCUACGACGCCGAAUUAAGAAUAUGAAACAUUCAAAUCGACGAAGGAAGUCACCGCACGAUAAGAACGACUUAAUGUUGGGCUUUGGAACUACGGCUGAGGAUAAUCAACCAGCAAAACUGAAAAACAAAGAUCAAAGCUCGAGCAGCAACGAACUGGCCAUGGUACUACUAGAUGAUGUGCACACUAGCGAGAAAUGUGGGAAACGAAAAAUGACAAUCAACUUUGAAGAGAUAGGAUGGGGAGACUACGUGGUGCAACCUGCAUCCUUUGAAGCGAACUACUGCAGCGGAACAUGCGCAUUUCAUUUAGAGAAGUUCGCAAACGGCCACGCACUCUUCCAGUCAUUAGUUCACACCGCAGGCCUCAACCCAUAUGUCCCAAAUAUUUGCUGUACACCAGAAAAGUUUGACUCCCAAACAAUGCUGUAUUUCCAGGGAUCAAAUUUAGUGCUUCGAACGUUUCCAAAGAUGAUUGUAACGUCAUGUUCCUGUAGCUAA